AUGUCAGACCCCCAAGAUGUCGCAUCGUUUUCCAGUCCUCUGGUGACGGUCGAAACGGGAGCCUUGUCAGGCCGCUGGACCACAGAUGGCGGACGAGCCUUUCUCGGCGUUCCUUACGCGGCGCCUCCGGUUAAAGAGCUUCGCUGGAGAGCACCGCAGUCGGCCGCUGCGUGGGAUGGCGUUCGACGAGCCGACACAUACGGGCCGAGCAGCGUUCAGUUCCCGCCGCCUCCGACAUCUAUCUACUACGGCGGCGAGACAAACUUCAGUGAGGACUGCCUGUAUCUGAACAUAUGGACGGGAACCGAGGGCAUCUGCAACAGGCCUGUUCUUGUCUGGCUCCAUUUCGGGGCGUUCCUCUUUGGCUCCGGCUCGAACCCCUCCUACGACGGUGAGAAGCUUGCGGCCCAGGGCUUGACCGUCGUCACGCUCAACUAUCGUCUCGGCCGCCUCGGAUUCCUGGCCCACCCGGAGCUCAGUGCCGAGUCCGAGGGCAAGACUUCCGGCAACUACGGCAUCUUGGACCAGAUUGCCGCGCUGCGGUGGGUGCAGCGAAACGUGGAGGCGUUCGGGGGCGAUCCCGGCAACGUGACCCUCGGCGGUGCGUCUGCCGGCGCGAGCAGCACUCACCUUUUGCGCUGCGCGCCUUCUGCCAAGGGUCUCUUUUCCAAAGUCAUUUGCGAGAGCGGACCGGGCUUGACGCCUGCCGUGGACGACGGCCCCGGACAUGUCGCGUCGUUUUCUUCUCUGCAUGCUGCGGAGGAGGCCGGCGAAGACCUGCUUCGCACCAUGGGCGUGGAAUCGGUGGCUGCGCUGCGAAACGUGCCGGCAGAGCAGAUUGUCGCCGCGGACCUAGAUCGGUCUCGUGGCCCUUGGAAGUCGAGACUGUGGCCUGGCUCCAGCAGCCUCUGCAUAUUCGACGCCGCGAAUCCCACUAUCGACGGCCAUGUGAUUUCCAUGUCGCCUCUGGCUGCCUUCACGUCCGGAAAGGCACUAGAUGUACCCAUGCUGGCCGGUAACGUCGCCAAUGAGUCCUCUGGACUGCCACAUCUUGAGUCGCUGGCCGAGUACCAGGCAUUUGUCAGCGCGUCCCUUGGAGAGCAUCAGAGUGACGCCUUGGAAGUGUAUACGGCUGCCAACGACACCGAAACCAAAGUGGCCUCUUCGCAGCUCCUGUCCGACCAAGUCUUUCUGUGGCCCAUGUUGACGGCGGCGCGACUGCAGGUGCGCACCAUGACCUCGCCUGCGUGGUACUACCGCUUCUUGCGCGCGCCGCCGAUUGCAAAGGACCAAGAUAUCAUCGAGGCCGACUUUGCCGGUGCAUUCCACUGUGCUGGCGCGGAAUAUGCAUUUGGCAACUUCGAGGCGCGGAGCUGGGACUGGACGGGGGCUGAUAGGAGACUCUCGGACAGCAUCGCAGAUGCGUGGGUGUACUUUAUGGGUGCGGGUGACCGGAAUGGGCCGCGAAAGGUCUCUGCGCUAUGGCCUGCUGUGCAGCGCCAAGAUUGUUGGAUCAAGAUAUGGGACGUGGACUCGCGUCUGGAAAAGCUGACGGCGCAAGCUGGCAACAGAAUAGCGUUCUGGGAUCGGUAUUACAGCCUGGAGGAGAAGAUAUAG